AUGACAAAUAAUGCAUUCAUAGAACACAGACAUUGUUCUGAUACUCUACCAAUUCUAUCUUUUUUCUUCAAUUCUACCUUCAUAAGACAAAUCAUAUAUAAAUUAUUAAGAAUAGUAUAUUUAAAAUGCGAUAUAAUAAAAUUCUUAAUUAUUUACUAACAAAAUAAAUACUUUUAAAUACAGCAGUUUAAAAAAAAAAGAAAUAGUAAUGAAGUUGGAGAUUUACCUUCAAAAGAUCGUGUUAGGUUAUAUUCAAAAGAAAAAAAAGAAAUCCAAAUAAUUACAGACAACAAUAUUCGAUUACAACUAGACGUAACGUAUUUGACAACACUUAUCACAAAAUAAAAUUUUGUACAAAUAUUAUAAAUAUUAAAUAAGUUUAUCGUAGUUUAAGCGACAUUACCCAUUCGCUAUGUUCAGCGUCCACGUGAGGAUCUAUGGUAGUAUACCUAUGGUAGUAUACCUAUGGUAGUCUACCUAUGGUAGAUGGCGAUAUGUGCGUGCACAUGUCUAUCCGUAAUAACGUGCGUGAAAUGAAAUAUAUUCAGAGGCAUAAAAUACUAUCAUAACAUACAACAUGCAUAUGUUAAAUUACUUUAUAUAAUUUUCUUUUUUUUUUAAUAGAAACGAAAUGUUUUAUACGAUAAAUCGACAAAUUUUAAACAACGCAAAUUUUUAUUUACAAGUGAAGUUGUCAAUACAAGUACAAUUCGAAUUGUAUUUUUUUUUUUUUUUCAAAGAUAGAUUAA